AUGAAUAAUUAUAUCGAUAUAACAUUACAAUGGGAGAACGAGAUGAAAGCAACUGCUGAUAAGACUGAAAGGUCGGAAUUACUCUUUACAGACACUCGAAUGCAGUCAUACUUACCGUCAAAGUAUCAUGCAGCCGGCAAUCAUAUCAAAAAUCCAUCACAACGCCCACCACCUCCUUCUUCUAACAGGACUUCCUCUUUUAAUCUAAACCACUUAUUGAAUUCAGACGAUCAACCAUUGUCUCACACUUCUGGCCACUAUUCAUUGCCCCCUUUAACUACACACUCGGCACCUUAUUCUCAAUCAACGCUCAGUUUCUCUUCCUAUGCCUCUCAAAGUGGUAGCCCGCAUUACGGACAUAGCCAUAACGAUUUUUCUACUUCUCCCUCCUUGUCUCACACUCAUCCCAUUCAGCCCUCAAUUCCUCCCAUACAACAAUUACCUUAUAGCAAUAGCUCUUGGGAUUAUCCUGAAUCUGCCUCACGUCAACUACCAAGCAAUUCUUACAAGCUGGAUCACGCACCAUCAGUUCCGACGACUUCUUCGACAUUGACUUUUUUCCAUUCCAAUAUAAAUCAAAUAAUGUCAAUUUCAGGAUUAUUGAGUCGAGAUACAAAUGAUGAUACAGAAUAUUCAUUUUCUAAAUUACAGAAAGACUCUAACAAUAAUGGUGCUUAUGAUGAAGAAAUUUUUGGUGCUAGAUCCAAUGUAGCACAAGUUCAAACAACAACAGAUAGCGCAGAAGAAAAAGAAAGCGCCGCAUCUAUCUCUGAGGGAAGUUUACGUGCAUCUGAUCGUUCUAACGAAGGAGAAAGCACUGGCGAUGACCCAAAUAGUCCAAGUAUGAUCAUUCCACCUCCGACCCGUAAAAUACCAAUACCUGAGCCUGUAAACGCUGGAAACGGAUUAGUUGUGAAAUUAAAAACCAACGAAAAUCAUUCACAUAGUGUUUCUUCAAAUCGGGAAUCUCAAGAACCCGAAAAAACUAAUACCACGACAUUGAGAAAGAAUAAUAAAACAUCAACCGUAGCUUCGCCUUUAACUGUUGUAACUUCUACAAAAUCCAUCAAAACUACAAGAGAGCGCACAAACAAAAAAUUUCACGUUAGCCAAAAACCACCUAGUAGAGUUCCGAAGUCAAAAAAAUCAUCGCGACUUGAUAUUUCGGAGGUUGAACACCAAGUUGCAAAUGAGUCGUCCACUUCUUCUGACUCUUCAGAAUAUAUAAUAACUAGAGAAGAGAAAACAAAACAUAGACAACCAGAGGAUUCAAGUGAUUCCUCUUCUUCCGAUUCUUCCUCCUCCGGUUCCGAACUUGACGAAAGGUUCAAUAAAGAACUUGUGAAUUAUAUGGUAGAAAUUUACAAACGUCAAAAACGUGUAGUUGACGAGUUCAAUAAAAAAUGUGAGACUAAAAAAGAGAUUGUGCGAAGAAAAUUUGCAUCUCGUUUGGUUCGUAUUGGUGUCAAGGGUCAUAUUUCUGAAAAAGAUGUCAUCGAGGCAGAAGGUUCUCGUCAAAAGGGUCGAAAAGCAAAUAAAAAAGAAUCCAAACGUGCUAAUCGCAAAUCAGAUCGCCCUGCUGGAAAUGAUGAAAACGAAAAGCGUGUUGUUCUUGCUACAAAACUUCAAAAGCAACAAGAAGCGUAUGAAAUGGAGGAACGACGAAGGAUAUGGAAAGAUAUUAUGAAUAAAAUCGUUAAUCAAUCUAUUACAUCACGAGCUAACAACUGCCGAAAGAUUGCUGUUCUUUGUCAAAAAGAAGCCCGUAAAGCAGCAUGUAAGUCCUGUAAAUCACCCAAAGAUAUUCAAACAAGAUCAAGGCAGGCAAUGCGUCAGAUGCUCUGCUUUUGGAAACGUAACGAAAAAGAAGAACGAGAGCUACGUAAAAAGGCUGAAAGAGAAGCCCUUGAAAGAAUGCGUGUUGAAGAGGAAAUGCGCGAGGCAAAGAGACAAGCACGCAAACUAAAUUUCUUAAUCACGCAAACCGAACUUUACAGUCAUUUUGUUGGCAAAAAGAUUGGAACUCAAGCCGCGGAAGGGAACUCAACCCAAACUUAUAUGUCUACUAGCGGACAAGCAGUCAUUGAUCAAGGGGCAGAAUCUUCGCCCGCUGAAUUAAAUACUGAUGAGGACAAUAAUUUAAAUAAUAUUAUUCCACCUCAGUCGUUCAAAGAUAUCAAUUUCGAUGAAGAGGACGAGGAAGCACUUAGGGAAAAAGCCCGCGUAAGCGCACAGAAUGCUCUCGCACAAGUCAAACAACAUACUCGUGACUUUGAUGCCGAAAGAAAAAUAACAACUGGUGGUGGUAAAUCAAUUGAUGCGGGCGCAUCAAAUGAAUAUCUAGACCAAAUGAAUUUCCAAAAUCCUUCCAGUAUGCCAUCGAUGUCAGAAAUUAAACAGCCCUCAAUACUUGUAAACGUUACAUUGAAGGAUUAUCAGUUGAAAGGCUUAAACUGGUUGGCUAAUCUUUAUGAACAGGGUAUUAAUGGAAUUUUGGCCGACGAAAUGGCAAGAAAGACUGUUCAAUCGAUAUCUCUUAUGGCACAUCUCGCAGAGACGCAUGGUAUCUGGGGACCAUUUUUAGUUAUUGCUCCCGCAUCUACUCUUCAUAAUUGGCAAAAAGAAAUCUCGGAAUUUCUUCCUAGCUUGAGGAUUUUGCCAUAUUGGGGGACACCCAAAGAUCGUGUUGUAUUACGAAAAUCUUUGAAUAAGAAAAAUCUAAUAUUCAACAAAGAUGCAACAUUUCACGUUGUAAUCACUAGUUAUCAACUGAUUGUUCAGGAUCAAAGUUAUUUUGCGAGACUAAAAUGGCAAUACAUGAUUUUAGAUGAAGCACAGGCCAUUAAAAGUUCAACCAGUGCUCGUUGGAAGACGCUUCUUGGUUUUCAUUGUCGUAAUCGCCUUUUGUUAACCGGUACUCCUAUUCAGAACAGCAUGCAAGAAUUAUGGGCUCUUUUACAUUUCAUUAUGCCAACGCUUUUUGAUUCUCACCAAGAGUUUAGCGAAUGGUUCUCCAAAGACAUAGAAAGUCAUGCAGAAAAUAAAGGAUCAUUAAAUGAGCAUCAGCUUAAAAGACUACAUAUGAUCUUAAAACCCUUCAUGUUGCGUCGUGUCAAGAAGAAUGUUCAAAAUGAACUUGGGGAAAAAAUAGAAAAGGAAAUAUUUUGUCUUUUGACCGCGAGACAGCGUGUACUCUACCGUGGCCUCCGUGAAAAAAUUUCUGUGGCAGAGCUGCUGGAAAAAGCUGCAACAUUGCCUGAUAAUGACAAUGUUGAUAGUUUGAUGAACCUGGUUAUGCAAUUCCGUAAGGUUUGCAAUCAUCCCGAAUUAUUCGAAAGAGCAGAUGUCGUGUCUCCCUUUUCUUUUUGUUUUUACGGUUCAACUUGGUUAAUAUCGAGAGAAGAGUCCUUAUACCUUCCGUACAGUUCGAGAAAUUAUAUUACGUAUGAAAUUCCUAAGAGGGUGUUCCGUUUUUUGAAUGUGCCUGGUCACGGUUCUCGUGCUGGAUCUCGUUCUAAGAUUCUUGAUCAUCUGAUGAAUAUUUGGAGACCUGAUUAUAUUUAUCAAUCUUUACAAGAUGAACAAAAUGAUACCUUUGCUUUCUUGAAAUUCCUGGAUAUCUCACCUUCUGAGGCAUCAAAAAUCUUCAUUGGAAAUUUAAUUCAACGUUGGGUCCUACACCUUUUGCAAAGAAAAUACCGCUCACGAAAUCUUUAUAUGAAGCAUGAUGCUAGAAACGAUAGAAAUACUAUGUUUUUGAUUAAUGAGAUGGCUUCUAAACUUAUUGGAAGCUCGCCUACUUUAAAUGUAUUAACAAAUAUUUUUGAGAAUAAGACCCAAUACGAACUCGUUGUUCUAGACACAUGCUAUAUGCCCAAAGCUAUAGCUCCCCCGAUUCAACCAGUAUGCCUAGAUAAAGGUUUCUACAAUGAUCAAGAACGACUCCUAUUUGAUCCUUUCAUAAGAGCAGCAUUGUCCGGAAUUAUUGAAUUAGUUUCCCAGAACGAGAGAGCACAAAGUACUGUUGGCCAACUCUUGGUUCAGUCGAGAGGUAAAGGUAUCAUUGGACAAACAUAUCGAAAAGACCAAGGAUUUUCUUAUAUACGUGUUCCGCCGCUUAAGAAAUUGGUCUUAGAUUCUGGGAAAUUAACAAAACUAGAUGAAUUACUCAAAGAACUUAAAGCUGGUGGACACCGUGUACUUAUUUAUUUCCAAAUGACCCGAAUGAUAGAUCUAAUGGAAGAAUAUCUUGCAUAUCGACAAUACAAAUAUUUGAGACUUGAUGGCUCAUCAAAAAUACACGAUCGUCGUGACAUGGUUGAAGAUUGGCAAACGAGAUCCGACAUUUUCGUGUUUUUAUUGAGUACACGUGCUGGAGGGUUAGGAAUUAAUUUAACAGCGGCUGAUACUGUCAUUUUUUAUGAUAGUGAUUGGAAUCCUACAGUCGACCAGCAGGCAAUGGACCGUGCCCAUCGUUUAGGACAAACCAAACAAGUCACAGUAUAUAGAUUAAUCACAAAAGGUACAAUAGAAGAAAGAAUUCUUCAACGCGCAAAACAAAAAGAUGAGAUACAAAAAGUCGUUAUCUCUGGUGGCGAAUUCAAGCAAGUUGACUUCAAAUCUCGCGAAAUCAUGUCGCUCCUUCUUGAAGAUGACGAACUGGAGGCAAAAUUUAAAGAACAACAUCUUAAACGUAAGGCCGAUGAAGAAGAGAAUAAGAAAAAGGGACGUAACAAUAAGCGUCGUAAAAAAGACUCAAAUGGCAGUUCGUCCAAGUCCCUUGAGGAUCUUUGGCAUGAGGGUGAGCCAGCAAUGGCCGAAACUGAGGGCAGUGGUGUCACAACACCUGCAAGUUCUGUAGGUGGAACCAAAAGAAAGCGUACCAAUAGGGCAACAUCUACAAGAACGACGACAAAGGGGCGUGCUAAACCUAGGACAAGUAGUGGUAAAAUAGGUGGUGGUGGAAAAACAAGAACGUCUACUCCCAUAUAA